GUCCCACGGAGAGUGGUUGUGUCCCAGGGGCGCGGCGGCGGAGGCGCUGAGUUUGGGAUUCCCGAGCUGACGUGGCUUAGGUCGAGCGGGGGGCGGCCGGCGUUGCCGGUGGCGCCCACCUGCAGAGAUGCUGAACCGAUUAUCAGGAUUAGCAAAUGUUGUUUUACAUGAAUUAUCAGGAUAUAAUGCUGACCAGAACAUGACAGCUCCCUUAGAAGCUGAAUUACACCAGGAAUCUAGCAUGGCAUUGAGUAAUAGCAUGCAAGAUGAUGCUCUGGAACGCCUGGCUGAAGCAGAGAAGUUAGUGGUGGAGCUGAAAGACAUCAUUAGACAGAAGGACGUUCAGCUCCAGCAGAAGGAUGAAGCUCUGCAGGAGGAACGUAAAGCUGCUGAUAACAAAAUUAAAAAAAUAAAACUUCAUGCAAAAGCGAAACUGACUUCUUUGAACAAACACCUCGAAGAAAUGAAGGCACAAGGAGGGGCUGCUUCACCUACAUCUACGGAACCUCAGCCAGCGGAGCUGCUCUCCAAGCAUGAUAAGAAUUCUACAGAAGAAGAGAUGAAAGUAGAAAAGAUAAAACAUGAACUGCAGGAGAAGGAGAAAUUAAUUAGCCAUUUGCAAGCCCAGCUUCACCAGGCACAGUCAGAACAAGCCGUGAAGUUGGAUAAGAGUUCGGCAGAGAUGGAGGAGUUUGUCCUGAUGAAGCAGCAGCUUCAAGAAAAGGAAGAAGUCAUUAGCACUUUGCGGACUCAGCUCAGCCAGACACAGGCAGAGCAAGCUGCACAGUUGAGUUCCAUGCAGCAGGUGGUCCGAGAGAAAGACGCCCGCUUUGAAACCCAGGUCCGUCUCCAUGAAGAUGAGCUGCUUCAGUUAGUGACCCAGGCAGAUGUGGAGACAGAGAUGCAGCAGAAAUUGAGGGUGAUGCAAAGGAAACUUGAGGAACAUGAAGAAGCCUUGCUGGGCCGUGCUCAGGUUGUAGACUUGCUGCAGCAGGAGCUGACUUUGGCCGAACAGAGAAACCAGACUCUUUCACAACAGUUACAGCAGUUGGAAGCUGAAAAUGGUACUUUAAAGAGCACCAUGGAAACAGAGAGACAUGAGUCCAAGAUUCUGAUGGAGAAGGUAGAAUUUGAAGUGGCAGAGAGAAAACUAUCCUUCCAUAACCUGCAGGAAGAGAUGCAUCAGCUUCAGGGACAGCUGGAGCGAUCCGGCCAAGCCCAGGCUGAGCUAGAGACUCAGUACAGUGCUCUUGAGCAAAAAUACAGAGCAGACAUGGAGGAGAAGACUGCUUGCAUUUCGAGUCUUCAGAAGUCCCAGCAAGAGCUGCGCUCUGCCUGCGAUGCCCUGAAGGAGGAAAACUCGGAGCUGCUCCGAGAGAAGAGUGAACAGGCUGCCGGGUCAGCCCGGGCCAUUCAGCAGCUGGAAGAUCAACUCCAGCAAAAAUCUAAAGAAAUUAGACAAUUUAUAAAUAAGCAAAACUUGCAAAAACAUGAAACAGCAUCUCAGACUUCUUUACCAGAUGUCUGUAAUGAGGGCAUACAGGCAGCCACAGAGGAGACUAUCUCCUCUUUGCAGAAGAGAGUGAUGGAGCUAGAGAGUGAAAGGGGAGCCUUGCUCCUUAGUUCCGCAGAGCUGGAGGAGCUGAAAGCUGAGAAUGAAAAGCUGUCCUCUCAAAUUGCUCUUCUGGAGAAUCAGAAUAGAGCAGGGGAGGCCUACGGCGCAGUCGGCGAGGUCAGCACAGCUGAUGUUACUCAGUUCAGCAAGAGCAAUUACGCUGAAGAAAGUAGACAAGAUGUCCCAGAAAAUAUAUUUUCUCAGAAACAUAAAGAGCUAUCAGUUUUAUUAGUGGAAAUGAAAGAAGCUCAGGAGGAAAUUGCAUUUCUUAAGUCACAGCUUCAGGGCAAGAGGCCAGACGGGGACUCUGAGGUCCUGGACCAGAAAGAAGUGAAGCUGAUGGAGAGUGAAGGAGCCCUUUCGGUGACAGCAAGGGACAACCCGUUGGUGCUCAGUGAAGAGAGUGGCGUCCCAGGGCCUGAGCUAGAGGAGCAGGUGAGCACUGAAGAGCAGCCUCCAACACCUGAGGCAGGGUCUCCACGUGAUGCUGCAGUAGAAUUGAGCUCCACGAAAAUGGAUGGUGUGGACACGCCCCCCUCCGCACCAGGUCUUUGCCAGUGUCACCAGGAUGAACUGGAAAGUCUGAAAACUCAAAUUUUGGAGCUGGAGACAAGACUUCAUGAGGCAAAAGAGAUUUAUGAAAAAAAUUUAGAUGAGAAAGCUAAGGAAAUUAGUAGCCUAACCCAGCUAACUGAAGAAUUUAAGAAGGAUGCAGAGGAUGCCCACAGCUUGCUCACUACUUUGUCUGGGGAAAAAGACCAGCUUCUUUCUCGGGUGGCAGAGCUUGAUGUCUUACCUGAACUGAGGGCUCGGGUCCGAGAACUGGAAAGCAGCCUUGCAGAAACAGAAAAACAAAGAGGUCUGGACUACGAAAGCCAAAAGACUCAGCACAACCUGCUCACAGAACAGAUCCACAGCCUCAGCGUAGAAGGCAAGUCUAAGGAUGUGAAAAUUGAAGCUUUACAGAAAGAACUGGAUAACAUGCAACUACAGUCUUCUCAACAGGGCACACAGAUAAAAACCCUGCAAAGCCAGCUACAGAGGAAAGAAAGUGAGGUGUUAGAGGGGGCAGAGCACGCGAAGGACAUCGCAGAUAAGAUGGAAGGCCUUUCACAGGCUCUUUCACAGAAGGAACUAGAAAUAGCCAAAAUGGACCAACUCUUACAAGAGAAAAAGAAAGAUGUGGAGACACUCCAGAAAACCAUCCAGGAGAAGGAGCAACAAGUGACAGAACUCAGCUUCAGUAUGACAGAGAAAAUGGUUCAGCUUAAUGAAGAGAAAUUUUCUCUUGGUGUUGAAAUUAAAACUCUGAAGGAGCAGCUCAAUUUGUUGUCCAGAGCUGAAGAAGCACAAAAGGAGCAGGCAGGAGAAACUCAUGGAGCCGUUUCUAAUCACAGUCAGGAUGAGGCAAGCCCAGCGGGGCUGGUGAGUAAAGAGGGGCUUCAGCAGGAACUGGAGCUUCUGAGGAAAGAGAGCGAGCAGAGGAAGAGGAAGCUCCAGGCAGCACUUGUCCACCGGAAGGAGCUCCUACAAAAAGUCAAUACCCUGGAAGAGGAGUUAGCCAACAUGAGAGAGGAGUAUAGGAAAGAGAUGGCACUCAGAGAGAGCGAGAGGAGAAAGCUGGAGAAAGAGGGAGAGAACAAGGAUGACCCAGAAAAAUGUGGAACUUCUAAGUGUCGAGAACUAGAAGUUUCUUUGAAACAGACACUAUCCGCAAAAGAAGUGGAACUAGAACGUGUAAAGAAAGACUUGAAGGAAAAGACGGCAGCAGAAGAAGAACUGCAGGCUGUGGUCCAACGGAUGGAUCAGAACUUGCAAGAAAAGGCAAAGCAAAUAGAUUUGCUUCAAACAGAGAUCACUGAACACCAAGCAACUAUUCAAAAAUUAGCCGUAGGCUCCAAGGAUGCUGGGGAUGGAGACUCGGCAGCACCUGUAAAAGAAGCGGUGGUGAGCAGCCCACCCAGUGCAGGUAGUGGAGAAUACAGGGAGCCAGAACUGGAGAGCAAGAUAGCAGCCCUUGAAAAGGAAAAGGAACAACUUCAAAAGAAGCUUCAGGAAGCCUUAGCUUCCCGGAAGGUGAUUCUAAAAAAGGCACAAGAGAGAGAGAGACUUCUAAAGGAGGAGCUCAGGAAACAGAAAGACUCUUACAGUCUCCUUCAGGAGCAAUUUGAUGAGCAGAGUAAGGAAAAUGAGACCAUUGGGGACCAGCUAAGGCAACUCAAGAUUGAAGUGAGGGAGUCUAUGGACAGAAAGUUCCCAGGUACUGGCCAGCAAGAGCCUGGUCUUCCCACUGAAGGCUUAGAAGAGGUUUCACUUGAAGACGCGGACCAGCAGCCCGUCCAAGCUGCUGCAGAGUCUGACCUACACACAACUAAGCCUGCUCGCCCUGGAGAUGCAGGAGCUCUCCAGGCUACCGUUUCUGUUGCCCAGAUUAAGGCCCAGCUGAAAGAAAUGGAGGUUGAGAAAGAAGAGCUGGAAUUGAAAAUUAGUUCUACAACAAGUGAGCUGACCCAAAAAUCAGAAGAAGUAUUUCUGUUACAAGAGCAGAUAAGUAAACAGGGUUUAGAAAUCCAGAAUUUGAAGGCAGCCUCCCAUGAAGCCGAGGCCCACGCAGAAAGCCUGCAGCAGGAAUUGGAAAGCAGCCAACUCAAACUUGCUGGCCUGGAACAUCUGAGAACAUUACAGCCUGAACUAGAUGCACUGCAAAAGCACAUACAACAGAAGGAAGAAGAGGUCAGCUACCUGUCUGGACAGCUUAGUGAGAAAGAACAGGCCCUCACCAAAGUCCAGGCAGAGAUGAUGGAACAGGAACAUUUGAUCAGUGCCCUGCACACACAGCUGGAAAUGCAGGCUAAGGAGCAUGAGGAGAGGCUAAAGCAGUUCCAGGUGGAACUUUGUGAGCUGAAGCAGAAGUCAGAAGAGGGCGAGGAAGAAACUAAAGCAAAGCAGCAGAUACAGAGGAAACUGCAGGCGGCCCUCAUCUCCCGAAAGGAGGCGCUGAAAGAAAACAAGAAUCUGCAAGAGGAAUUGUCUUCAGCUAGAGAUGCUGUAGAACACCUGACCAAGUCUCUCGCAGAUAUGGAAAGCCAGGUUUCUGUUCAAAAUAGAGAGAAAGAUGCAUUCCUAGAAAAGUUAGCCCUUCUUCAGGAAGAAAGAGACAAACUCAUUGUAGAAAUGGACAAGUCUUUACUCGAAAACCAAAGCCUCGGUGGCUCUUGUGAAAGCCUGAAACUAGCUCUGGAGGGUAUUACCGAAGAAAAGGAAAAACUGAUGAAGGAACUUGAAUCUCUGAGAUGCUCUAAGGCUGAAGAGAGCACCGAGUGGCAAGAGAAGCACAGGGAGCUGCAGAAGGAACAUGAAGUUCUUCUGCAGUCCUACGAGAACGCAAGCAACGAAGUAGAAAGGAUCCAGCACGUGGUGGAAAGUGUGAGGCAAGAGAAGCAAGAAUUAUAUGGGAAGUUACGAAGCACAGAGACAGACAAAAGGGAGAUGGAAAAGCAGCUGCAGGAUGCGGAACAGGAAAUGGAAGAGAUGAAAGAAAAGAUGAGAAAGUUUGCCAAAUCUAAACAACAGAAGAUCCUCGAGCUGGAGGAAGAAAACGACCGGCUUAGAGCAGAGGCUCAGCCUCUAGGAGGAGCCAAGGAAAGCAUGGAUGCUCUUCUUUCUUCAAAUUCCAGCCUGAAGGAGGAACUAGAAAGGGUACAAUUAGAGUAUAAAACCCUUUCUAAGGAGUUUGAUGCUUUAAUGGCAGAGAAAAACAUUCUGAGUGAAGAGAUUCAAGAUCUGAAGCAUCGAGGAGAAGAGAGUGUACUGAAACAAGCUAGCCUAGAUGCCACUGAGAAAUUCGAUGAACAAAAGGAUGUCACUGAAGAAGAAACACAAGCUAUGGCAGGCAAAUUGCAAGAGCAAGAUACUCAGAGUGUGAGCGUUAAACUUGAAGAUUCGGAAGGUCUUUCAGCAAACAGUGCCAAGCCUGGCACUAGUGAGACUUUCAGCUCCCAUGAUGACAUCAAUAAUCACCUCCAGCAGCUUUACCAACUCAAGGGAAGAAUCGCUGAGUUGGAGAUGGAGAAACAGAGUGACAGGGAGCUUAGCCAGACACUAGAAAAUGAGAAAAAUGCCCUCCUGAGUCAAAUAUCGGCAAAGGAUGGCGAACUAAAACUACUUGAGGAAGAAGUCAUCAAGAUAAACACGUUAAACCAGCAAAUUCAAGAAGAACUUUCCCGAGUCACCAAGCUGAAAGAGAUGGCAGAAGAAGAAAAGGAUGAUUUAGAAGAAAGGUUAAUGAACCAACUGGCAGAACUUAAUGGAAGCAUUGGGAAUUAUUACCAGGAUGUUACGGAUGCCCAAAUAAAAAACGAGCAACUAGAAUCUGAGAUGCAGAACCUUAAAAAGUGCAUGAGUGACUUAGAAGAAGAAAAGCAGCAGUUGGUUAAGGAGAAAACCAAGGUGGAGUCAGAAAUACGGAAGGAGUAUUUAGAGAAGAUACAAGGUGCCCAGAAAGGACCUGGCAAUAAGAGCCAUGCAAAGGAGCUCCAGGAGCUGCUGAAAGAAAAGCAGCUCGAGGUAAAGCAGCUGCAGAGGGACUGCAUUAGGUACCAGGAGAGGAUCAGCACUUUGGAGAAGACGGUUAAGGCCUUAGAGUUUGUUCAGACUGAAUCCCAAAAAGAUCUGGAUGUGACCAAAGGAAAUCUGGCGCAAGCAGUUGAGCAUCGCAGAAAGGCACAAGAGGAACUAUCUAGCUUCAAGGUGCUGCUCGAUGACACGCAAAGCGAAGCUGCGAGAGUGCUAGCGGACAACCUCCGACUGAAAAAGGAGCUUCAGUCUAACAAAGAAGCCGUCAAAAGCCAGAUGAAGCAGAAAGAUGAAGAUCUGGUGCGAAGACUGGAGCAGGCGGAAGAAAAGCACAUGGACGAGAAGAAGAACAUGCGAGAGAAGCUGGACGCUUUGCACAGAGAGAAGGUCCGCAUGGAAGACACGCUUGCAGAGAUCCAGGUCACCCUGUCCCAGAAAGACAAAGCAAUGAAACAGCUGCAGGAGAGCCUGGACAGCACUGUGGCUCAGCUCGCAGCCUUUACUAAGAGCAUGUCAUCCCUCCAGGAUGACCGUGACAGGGUAAUCGAGGAAGCCAAGAAAUGGGAGCAGAAGUUUGGUGAUGCCAUUCAAACCAAGGAAGAAGAGAUCAGACUAAAAGAGGAGAAUUGCGUGGUUCUAAAGGAUCAGCUGCGACAAAUGACCACCCGUGCAGAAGAAUUGAAGAUCAAUAUCUCCAGACUUGAACAUGACAAGGAAAUCUGGUCGUCCAAGGCCCAGACAGAGCUCCAACAUCAACAGGAAGUUUGUGAUACCCUGCAGGGGGAAAACAAAGAGCUGAUGUCCCAGUUAGAAGAGACUCUGCAGCUGUACCACAAUUCUACAAAUGGAUUAGCUAAAUUGGAGUCAGAACUUAAGAGUCUCAAAGACCAGUCAACUGACUUAAAUGACUCUUUAGAAAAAUGUAAAGAAGAUAAGAAAAAUUUGGAAGGAAUUAUAAAACAGCAAGAAGCUGAUAUCCAGAAUUGUAAAUUCAAUUAUGAACAACUUGAGACUGAUCUAAAGGCCUCCAGAGAGCUGACCGGUCGGUUGCAGGAUGAAAUCAAUGUGAAGGAACAGAAGGUUAUAAGCCUGCUUUCUGGCAAGGAGGAGGCGAUCCAGGCAGCUAUUGCUGAACUGCAGCAGCAACACAAUAAAGAGAUCAAAAAACUAGAAAAUCUGUUGUCCCAGGAGGAAGAGGAGAAUGUCGCCUUAGAAGAAGAAAACAAGAAAGCUGUUGAGAAAACCAACCAGCUCAUGGAAACACUGGAAAACAUCAAGAAAGAGAACCUAGAGCAGAGGGCUCAGCUGGAUUCCUUUGUUAAGUCCAUGUCCUCGCUCCAGGAUGACCGAGACCGCAUCAUAAGUGACUACCAGCAGCUGGAAGAUCGACAUCUCUCUAUAAUCUUAGAAAAAGACCAACUCAUCCAAGAAGCUGCCGCUGAGAAUAACAAACUGAAGGAAGAAAUUCGAGGGCUGAGAAAUCAUAUGGAUGACCUCAAUUCCGAGAAUGCCAAGCUGGAUGCCGAACUGAUCCAGUACAGGCAAGACCUGAACGAAGUGAUAUCCAUAAAGGACUGUCAGCAAAAGCAACUGCUUGAGGCUCAGCGACAGCAAAAUAAGGAGCUGAAAAAUGAAUAUGAAAAACUAGAAGAGAAGCUGAAGGGGUUGGAAGAAGCAAGGCAAAGCCUACAACAGUCCUCAGAUGCCCUCCAAGGGGAGAAACGAGGCUUGUCUACAGAGAUUGAGAGCUUGAAGAGACAAGUGGCAGCCUUGCAGGAAGAAGGUACCCUAGGUGCCCAACUGAAAGCAAAAGAAGAAGAGGUUCAAAGGCUAAAUGUGGCGCUCUCCUCUUCCCAGAAGAGAACUGCAGACCUGGAAGAGGAGUUAAUUAGUGUUCAGAAGGAAGCUACCAGGAAGGUCAAUGAAAUCGAGGACGAACUGAAGAAGGAGCUGAAACAUCUCCAUCAUGAUGCAGGGAUAAUGCGAAAUGAAACAGAAACAGCAGAAGAGAGGGUGGCAGAGUUGGCCAGAGACCUGGUCGAGAUGGAACAGAAGCUACUCCUGGUAACCAAAGAGAAUAAAGAUCUUACCGCACAGAUCCAGUCUUUCGGAAGGUCAAUGAGCUCCUUGCAGGACAGCAGAGAUCAUGCCACUGAGGAGCUUGGUAACCUGAAGAAGAAGUACGAGGCCAGUCUGAAGGAGCUGGCCCAGCUGAAAGAGCACAAGGACGUAAGCAGAGAGAGUGACCUUCUUUCCCAAGCUGCCUUUCCCCUGACCACCGCUGAGGACAGCUUCUCCCGCCUUGAGAAAUUGAACCAGCAGCUCAUAUCCAAAGACAAACAAUUGCUUCACUUGUCUUCACAGCUAGAAGAUUCUCACAACAAAAUGCAGUCUUUUUCCAAAGCCAUGGCCAGUCUCCAGAGUGAGAGAGAUCACCUGUGGAGUGAGCUGCAGACACUCCGGAAGUCAGAGGAAGGAAAGCAGAGGGCUGCAGCCCCUGCACCUGCCUCUAGCCCUGUUGAAGUGCAGAGCUUGAAAAAAGCCAUGUCUUCGCUGCAGAACGACAGAGAUCGAUUACUGAAGGAACUGAAGACCCUGCAGCAGCAGUACUUACUGAGGAAUCAGGAGGUCACUGAGCUACGGCCACUGAAGGCUCAGCUCCAGGAGUAUCAAGAGCAGACAGAAAUGAUGGAGGAGGAACUUAGGCGGGAAAGCCUGGCCUGGCAGCAUGAGCUACAUCAGCUCAGAAUGGAAAAGAAUACCUGGGAACUUCAUGAGAAGAGGAUGAAGGAGCAGUACAUUAUGACCAUCGCAGAUAAAGAUGAGCAGCUCAGUCAUCUGCAGAGUCUCCUGAGGUCCUCCUCCCAAACCCAGAGUCUCCCUGCACAGUAUCAGAGACAGGCAUCCCCAGAAACUUCAGUCUCCAUCGAUGGCUCACAAAACCUUGUUUAUGAGACAGAACUUCUCAGGGCACAGCUCAAUGACAGCUUAAAGGAAAUUCACCAGAAGGAAUUAAGAAUUCAGCAGCUGAACAGCAAGUUCUCUCAGCUGCUGGAGGAGAAGAAUACCCUAUCCAUCCAGCUCAGCGAUGCCAGCCAGAGUCUCCGCGAGAACCAGCACCACUACAGUGACCUCUCCAAGCACUGCGCUGCCCUGGAGAAGCAGGUGCAGGAGCUGCAGGCGGGGCCACCAAAUGUAGAUGAUGUUCCAGGAGCACCCCAGGAAAUGAAUGGAAAGAGAAAGAGGGAUCCGGAGGCCACAGAGGAGCUACAGCCAAGAUUGUCUGAAGUCCAGCAGCAGCUCUGCAGCACAAAACAAGAAGUGAGCGAGUUAAAGAAGCUGCUAGAAGAAGAGCGAGACCAAAGAUUGGCCAUUGAGAACGCACUCUCCUUGGCCGAGGAGCAGAUCAGACGGCUGGAGCAGAGUGAAUGGGAUUCGGCCCGGACUCCUAUCAUUGGUGCCUGUGGCUCUCAAGAGACGUCAGUGUUGAUAGACAUCCCUGGCAGCAGCUGCCGAAGGACCCGGAGUGGCGCUGGAUGGAAGCGGGUUCUGCGUUCACUCUGCCAUUCCCGGACCCGAGUGCCACUGCUUGCAACCAUCUACUUCCUGAUGGUUCACGUCCUCCUCAUCCUGUGUUUCACAGGUCAUCUAUAAACUCCUCACUUGACCACAGCUCUCAGAACUUGUGAUUCCUUCAUCUCUAAUGUCAGAAUUGUAGUUUUUAGAACAGCCUUCCCACUUCCAACUCAUCCACAUCUCCUUGGAAAGUUCCCAUAACUACAGAGGUGGCUGUGAGGACAGGUUAGAAUGCAAGGCCUGGUGCAUCCUGUUUUCUGGAUGUCCCUCCAGAGGGGUCCUGACGCCACUCGGGAGCCGGAGCAUCACAGCUUCUAGCCUCGAGAACCCCUGAGCUACGGCACGCGGGUGUGACUUAUUCUGUCUUCAACGCCAUUGUCACCUGCCUCUGUGAACAGGGCUGAGGCAAUGGGAAGAGAAGACGAAACACCUGACCCAGACCUGAGAGCAGUGGUCACAAGUGACACCACUGUGCCUGUCCCCCCCUUUCUCAUUGUGGACACGAUGUCUCCCCUUCUGUGCUCAUCACCUGAAGAAGGGAGAGGACUGGUGGCUCACUGAUCAGCUCUAUGUUCUAUGGUGAUUACAUUUUAGUCACAACAUCCCAAGGACUUUCCUGAACUAUUGUAAAAUAAUAAAGUGUUAUUUUCGGAAUGAA